AUGCAGAUCUUCGUGAAAACCCUGACCGGGAAAAUAAUUACACUCGAGGUCGAAGGCUCGGACACCAUCGAAAAUGUGAAGGCAAUGAUUCAAGAUAAAGAAGGAUACUCACCAGAUCAGCAACGACUUAUCUUUGCAGGCAAACAACUGGAAGACGAUCGAACGCUUUCGGAUUACAGUAUCGGAAAAGAAUCGAUGCUUCAUCUUGUCGUUCGUCCUCGAGAAGUAAUGCAGAUCUUCGUAAAGACCCUUACUGGAAAGACAAUCACUUUGGAAGUCAAAGCCUCAGACACAAUCGAGAAUGUGAAAGCC